AUGCCUCAUCCCUCACUGGUGAAACUUGACCGCAAUAUUUGGUCACCUUCAUUAUCGCCUGAGGCAGGAGUCUUCAACUUGUACCUGCCAUAUUCCGCACAAACUCCUUCUCAACUUGUUCUCACCCACAUCAGACGAGAGCUGCCGUCCCAAAAUCGCGAUGAGGGCAGCCCAUCUCAUCGCCGCACAAGAAACGAUGACUCUCUCGAUAUUUUGCUUCAAAACUACAACAAUCUGCUUCAAAAACUUGAGCAGGCAGAGCCCCUUGUUUACAAGGGUGCUCUCGCCCUCCUUGCAAUCACCUGUCGGGUCAUGACCUCACCUCACGAAGGGCGGGAGCAAGCUAUCAUCGACAAGGCUGCUCCUGCCCACCCUGCAACUAUCGAACAGGUGAGAGCUCUCGUUCAUGAGGCUGCUCUCGCCUCUUCUGUGAGAUUAUGGCCUUUCAUCGCAAAGGGCGGGAACAGACGAGGCUGCUCUCGCCUUUUUGCAACUCUCGUGAGUGAGGUCAUGACCUCACAGAAGGCGGGAGCAGGCCGGGCAUCAGCCCAUGAGGCUGCUCCCGCCCUCUCAGCAACUAUUGCGAGAGCCUUGCCCUGUGGGUUGAAUCUGAAUCCCACGAUCUCUCUAUCCUCUGGAUUCCUCUACCUCUCGGAAAUUCACCCACCCUUUGCUUCAAAAUAUCUACACUUCUCUUCACACAACAACCCAUACCCACAACCCAUACCCAUUCCCAUCUCAAGCUUCCACUGCUUCUUGCCUACAUCACUUUCUCAUAUCCAAUCUCAUCAUUCUCGAAGCUCUCAAUCCUCGAAACCGUCGUUUGCGAAAUUAACAACUUCAGCAUACACAUUCGCGAUGGCUUCAAUGAGCGAUCUCCUGGCUGACCCGGCUGACAGAGCCAUGUUCAUGGAGCGCCUUGAGCAGCUGGGAAUCCAGCACGACCGUGAGCAGGCGCUCCGCGUUGCUGCGAUGGCCUCGCAGAAUGCUGGCCAGGCUGGCGACCGCAAUGGUCGCAAGUCCACCGGAAAGUCCUCCUCCUCCUCGGAGGAUGGUGAGACUGGCGGCGGCGUCCGCCUUACCAACGAGUACCUCGCGGGUAACCCGUACGGCUUGCUCGCGUCUCUUGAGACAGCUGAGAGCUCGGCGCAGUUGAACACUUCUUCUCUGAGAGGCAGUCCUUCUCGUUCUUCCAAGGAUGCCGCCAAGGCGCUGCGUCCUACUUCGUCCGCCACAGCCGCUGUGGGUGGCAGCCGCUCCACCAUCCCUGAGACCACCGCUAGCGACGUCUUCACCGAGACCGCGUCUGGCUCAGGCAAGGAUCCCGUGGUCACGGCCUUGUCUUACACCCUCGGUCAGAGCAACCUCCAGACCUCGGAGAUUGGUGCCAAUGGCAUGUCUCAGCGCAAUGAGUAUGUCGGUGGCUCUCCCAGCAAGGGCAUCUCUUCCUUCGUGCGCAAUGUCGCCGAUACCUCUCAGUUCGGCUUCCCUACUGGUUCUUGCAUCUUCGUUGCCAACCUCCCUGAGUACAAGGAUGACAUUACUCUCGAGGCCGCUGUGAUCAGCGAGUUCGACCGCUUCGGCGUUGUCUUCGUCAAGAUUCGUCGCGAUGGAAGCGGCAUGCCCUACGCCUUCGUUCAAUUCAAUACGAAGGAGGAUGCCGAGAAUGCCCGCAUCCAGGGCAGAGGAAGCUUGAUUCUUGGUCGCCCGUGCCGCACCGAGACUGUUCGCGCCAACCGCACCUACAUCAUCUACCGCCAUGAUCGAGUUAAUAUGACGGUUGAGGAGGCCCAGGAGCUCUUGACUCCAUUCGGCGCCCUUGACAGAAUCAACCUUUUGGACAAGGAGAUUCAAGAGAAGCUCGGACUUCCGGUCACUGUUCGUGUCCAGUUCGCUGUUCAUGAUCCCUCUCAGCAGGUGCUUCGGGCUUUCCGCAUGAACCACACAUACAGGGUUGAGUCGUACGACUUCAAGAAGGCCAUGCAGAUCCGCGCUCGCAUGCCUCACCGUCCUCCCAUGGAGAACAACACUGCAGAGCGUGACGGCCGUUCCAUCUUCAUGGGUGAUCUCCCCCUCGGUUUCACCGAGGACAAGAUUCGCAACCUCAUGGAUCAAAUUGGAGGUGUGGUUGCCGUUCAUACCCAGCAGUGCGCUUACGAGGACGGUCCCAAGCAGAUUGCUUUUGUUGAGUUCACCAACGUCAGCUAUGCCCGGUCUGCCAUUGAGCGUUUCAAUGACUCCCUCGUCGAGGACCACAUCAUCCGCGUUCAACAGCGUAUGGAUAGACGUCGUCGCUACGGCGGCUUCAACGGCGGCGGCAGCAACCGCGCCUUUCAGAACAACAGCUACCAUGGCAGUGUCGCUUCUACUCCUGCUCGUCUUAGCCAUGUUCAGCAGCGCCUGACCAGCCUGGCCAUCGAGGCUGCUCCCUCCUCCGAGGCUGCCCAGGGCACCUUGACUGUCAUGCCACCUAGCUAUCCUCUCAACCCCAGACAUGGCCUGAUGGUUGGCACGCAGUCGCUGCAGGCUCCGCAGAAUGGCGAUUACAUGCAGCAGAACACCCAGCAGAGCGUGCAGCAGAACAUGCAGCAGAACAUGCAGAGCAUCCAGACUCAGACUCAGAUGCACCCACAGAUCAACAGCAACCAGGGCAUGCAGAUCCAGACUCAGCAGCCCUUGAACAACCAGAUCGUUUCGCAGAUGCAGAUGCAGCCUGGCCCGAUGCAGCAGGUUCAGCCUGCUAUGCACUCUCCUAUGCACAUGCAGCCCAUGAGCAACCAGAUGAGCACCCAUAUGAACAACCAGAUCGCUCAGCAGUCUCCCAUGAAUGCGCAGCCCAUGGGUCACAACAUGAACCAGCAGAUGAUUCAGCAGGCUCCCAUGAACGCGCAGCCCAUGGGUCAGCAGAUCAGCCAGCCCAUGGCCCAGGGAAUGCCCAUGCAGCAGACUCCGGUCCAGUACCCCAUGGCCCCUCCCCCCGUUCCUUCUCAGAUGGGAACUCCUAUGCACAACAACAACAAUGGCAUGCCGUACUACGCUCAGGGUGGCCCCGUCCAGACCCCUGUUCAGCAGUCUCCCGUUGGCUUCUGGGGCUACGGCCACGGCACUCCUCUCUGGACUCCGUUCACUCGCGAUUUCGCGCCGCACUCUUCCCCGGCCCACCACCCUCAGAUGCCCUUCACUGGUCUGAUGCAGUCCGAGCCUGUCAUGAGUGAUGUCAACCAGGCCUUCGUCACUGACGGCUCCGACCGUUCCAACUAG